GCAGUGUGAUGAAACGUUGAAAGUGCUGCAGUCAAUGUGCAGUUAGACAAGGGACUGUGUGACCUUCCCCCACAAUGCAUCUGGACCAUAACAGUUCCCAGCGCCCAAACUUGACUGAAGCGACGGGCAGUAAAUCUAGGGAAUAACAUAUUUUGUAUUCUUUUUUAAAAAAUUGUUAUUAUAAAUAUAUUUCUUUAAAGAUGGCCAGUUUAAUUUCAUGUGGCGCUGGAUUUUUUGGGAAAACAUUGGGGCUCCUAAGUAGUCGAUCUCUUGCAAGGUGUACUUGUGUGUGCCCAGCAGUGAGAGGGAUUUCUUUCAGCACAAGCUCAGGAGGACCUCCAAAAAGACCACUGACUGGUUACCUUCGAUAUGCAGUACAGCAACGGCCUGCAGUGGCAAAACAGUAUCCAGAUGUGAGGAUUGUGGAAAUAACUAAAAAGAUUGCACAAGAGUGGAGAUUGCUGUCUCCUGAACAAAAAAAGCCAUAUCAGGAGGCUGCACUUGCAGCGAGGCAGGUAUAUAAAGAAGAGAUGACAAAAUUCAAAGAACAGCUAUCGCCUGCCCAGGCAGCAGCACUGAAAGAAGAGAAGAGGCAGAAAAUGGCCAGGAGAAGGGCAAUAAGGAAAAAGCGGGAGCUUACAAUGUUAGGCAAGCCCAAACGACCAAGGUCUGCAUUUAACAUCUUUAUGUCUGAACACUUUCAAGAAGCUACAGGAGAAUCAAUGCAGUCCAAGAUGAAGAACUUGUUCGAAGACUGGAGUAAACUGCGUAUUUCACAAAAACAGGUCUACAUGCAACUUGCAGAAGAUGAUAAAAUCCGGUAUAAAAAUGAAAUGAAAUCGUGGGAAGAACACAUGGUUGAGGUGGGACGUGAAGACCUCAUUCGCAACAGGAAGAAGAAGACGAAACCCAAGAAGUCGGUAAAAGCAAAAGGAAAUAAAACUAAUACCAAAGUGGUUUCAGAAAGCAAAGGCACUGAAACGCCUGCAAGCUCACCUGGUACUGGAAAGUCAGCCAGCAGGGCUAAGAAGGCUGAGGAGUAACAGUGAAGAGCAUGGAUUCUAUUGAUUUCAGUAUCCCUCCAGAUACAUACUGUACUUAAACCUUGUAAGUGUAUAUACUGUUAGCACUUACUGUGCUGGGAAGAUUAAAUGAUCCUCAAGAAGCUGUGAAACAAGUUACAUGGUGAACCGGAAGGUCCCUUGCCUGUUGCAAAUCAUGCUUGUGUUCUAUAAAACAAAAAUGAUAAAACAUUACCAACAACUAAUAGUGUUUUUUUUAGUUAACAUAAAAUAAUGCAUCGAAAUCUUUCAGAUAAAUAUACUUGUUGGGAGUUGCUUUUGGAUUUUGGAAAUAAUGACCUAAAAUUCACAUGAAUCUUUAAUAAAUAAUCGGUUUUAAAAAGCAAAAUUAAGCAUCAAUGAAAUUAAUAAACCCAGACUAAAAAGCACUAUUGAUGUAUAAAUAUAUGUUUGUGUUUGUUAAACAGUAUUAGACAUUUGUGUUUGUGAGACAGCUUCUUUGUUUUUAUGUUCCUUGCAGCUAAAAAAUGAUGAUUCACGUUUUGUAUCUCAACGCCUGAAAUAUAACAGUUAUUUUCUAAAA